AUGUCAGCUGCUAUUGUCCUAUCUGGCCCAAGUGGUACCGGUAAGUCUACAUUACUAAAGAAAUUGUUUGCUGAAUUUCCUAAUAAUUUCGGUUUCAGUGUAUCUUCUACUACUAGAAAUCCAAGAGAAGGUGAACAAGAUGGUAAAGAUUACAAUUUUGUGACUGUUAACGAUUUCAAGAAGAUGAUUGAUCAAGAUAAAUUUAUCGAAUGGGCCCAAUUUUCCGGGAAUUACUAUGGUACCACUGUAGAUUCCGUUAAACAAGUCAUGGAUUCUGGUAAGACUUGUAUUCUGGAUAUCGAUAUGCAAGGUGUCAAGAGUGUCAAGGGUAAGCCUGACUUAAAAGCAAGAUUUUUAUUUAUUGCUCCACCAUCUGUGGAUCAUUUGAGACAAAGAUUGGAAGGUAGAGGUACUGAAACCGAAGAAUCCGUGUCUAAGAGAUUGGCUGCCGCCAUUGCUGAACUUGAAUAUGCCGAAACCGGUGCUCAUGACCAAAUCAUUGUCAAUGAUGAUCUUGAAAAGGCAUACCAAGAAUUAAAGAAGUUUAUCUUUGAAAAUUGA